AAACUAACUCCUCCCCAAACCCCACAGAGACUUUUAUUUUGUCUCGGCUUCCUCUUUCUGUAGUUUUUGUCUCUUGUCAACAUGGAAACUAACUUUCUAGUUGCCCUACUUAGAUUAUGUGUCCACUUCUGUGCUCUCCCUGUUUACUUGCUGUGUUACCUAGGAUUGUGGGAUCCCCUUUGCAAAAAAGCAUUCCCUUAUUUUAUGGAUUCCUUCUCUGUCCACUACAACAGCAAGAUGUCUGCCAAGAAGAAGGAUCUUUUCAGCAACCUCUCUGACUUUGCAAGCCCUGCAGGAAGACUUACAAUUUUCGAGAUUGGCACAGGAACUGGGACCAACUUUGAGUUCUACCCUACAGGAUGCAAGGUUAUAUGCACUGACCCUAACCCCAACUUCCAGAAAUAUCUUGACAAGAACCUGUCUAAGAAUCCACAUGUAAAGCUAGAGAGUUGCAUAGUGGCAGCAGCCGAGGACUUGCACCAAAUACCAGAUGCUUCGGUGGACGUGGUGGUUUGUACUUUGGUGCUGUGCUCUGUGAAGAACACAGCCAGAGUCCUGAGCGAAGUCCUGCGAGUUCUGCGACCAGGAGGUGCUUUCUACUUUAUGGAGCAUGUCCUCGCUUCUCCUUCCACCUGGAUGUUCUUCUGGCAGCAAAUCUAUGAUGCAGCUUGGGAUGUUUUUUUUGAUGGAUGCUGUUUGACCAGAGAAACUGGAAAGGAGUUAGAAAAAGCUGGGUUUUCAGAUCUGAAGCUACGCUAUAUAGAUGCUCCUUUAAACUGGAAUCCAGCUAAACCACAUAUUAUAGGCUAUGCUGUGAAGUAACUAUAUAAUAAAAGCUGUUAGGUGAGUUUCCAAAUACUAAACAAGCAGAAUCAGAUACUAGACAGUUUACUCAUAAUUGGCACAUAUCAUAUUGGCAAAAUUUAGGACUGAAAUGAAAUUCUUUUUCAAAUUGAAACUUCUUUAUUUUAUUUUUAAAAAGUUUAAUCUGCUGGAAAUGGGUACUUUUUACUAGAUACCUUAAUGCCAUUCCCCCAUUCAUGAAAUUGCUAGUGCUACAUUAUUUAAUUAUGAAAUAAAAUAUGAUAGUGAUGGCUGUUGUCAGAAAGCAAACACAAAA